CCUGACCUUUGGAAAGUGUGCAGACUAGAACGAGCGCACUCACCUUUGCCUCCAACCAGCGACGCCACAACACAACAUGACUGGUGCCACCGGGGUGUUCUUCCUGCUCCUCACAGGAGCCGGUGCGUUCAUGGUCCACAACACCCACAGCAGCUUGUGUCUGGAGGACUCCUGGCCGGCGGGCGGCGCUGUGCUGAGGAGGUGUCACCUGGACUCAGAGGCCCAGCGGUGGCUGUGGAAGCAUCCGGGCCUGCUGAAAUGCGUCGCCACAUCCAGAUGUUUGUCGUCGCAGCAGCCGGGCCUCACCCGGCCGUGUCCCGUCUUGGAGGACGAGGAACUGGUGUGGGAUUGUGACAGGGACACGCUGAUCAGCCGCGCCACGUCAAUGCUGCUUUCUGUAGACAGGGGGCGCCUCAUCCUCAGCCCAGGAGACAAACACUCCAAGUGGAGGUCACUGGAUGCAGGAGACAUCUGCCAGGAAAGACUCAGGUCUAGGAGGUCAUCACAUGACCCAGUUGAGCUCACAGAGGAAGGAAAGGACAAGCAUGUGACCUUGACAGAGGAACAAAGAGAAUAUCUUCGCUGGUUCUAUCGCACAGAAGACCCCACGGUGUGGACGUUUGUGCUGCUGGGUUUGGCCUUCGUGUGCCUCCUCGUGGGCUUCCUCCUGUUGGGGAUGGGCACCAUGGCGAGCAGGAACAGGAGGAAGAUCGCCAAGUACAAGGCCGCCGUCGCUCUGGCCCACAAGAGCGAAGAGAUGUGGGCCGUCACCGACAUCACCGGCACGCCAUCGCCACAGAGGUCGCACGCCGCGCCGUGCAACGGAGAUGCCAGCGAGCUCAAAGCCGGAAACAUCGUGGUCACAUGGAAAGACGGGAACACUUCCUGUUUGUACGCCGACGCUUCAGUGGAAGAUGCGCUGCCGGAACCAGAGGAGGAGGCAGCUGAGGAGGCGGCCCUGGAAAUGAAGGAAACCAAUGAAGAAAACUAGCCUGACAUAUUGAGCAACAACAUCUGCUCCUUACAUUUACCUGACAUGACGAUGAUAGAGAUAGAUAAUAGACAGUAGAUACGUUUGUUUGUUGUGUGUGCAGAUGUUUGUAUGAAAUGUACAGUACGUUUCUGAGUGAAAAUAAAAGAUUAUUCAAAGUGAUUAAUGACGU